AUGGAUGGUCCCAUUACCACCGACAGUGACUAUACAGCCUCGCAGCGUCCGUUUUCAGGGCCGAUCAGUUUUCCUUUGGACGACGAAGAGACCAGCCGCAGAGGAAGCGCCGUUGGACAUCCUCUAGCGCAGCCGGUCUCGAUACCUGCUACCAACGGCUUGAGGUACAACGCCCAACAGCCUGCGAUGCAGGAUAUGCCUGGUCCUUUCAGCUUCGCUACUUCACCCACCAUUCUCAUGAGUCCCACCGACUCAUGCUCCGAUACUUUCUCGCCCGCUUCUGGUUCAAUUUACUCUCAUUCACCAAGUUUACCCUAUGACAGAAUGUCCGACUUCAGGCCCCAUCGGGUUCCUCCCCUACAACCGCCUGCCGGGAUGUCUUCGGCCGUACAAUCGCAGGGUACGGGGGUUUCAGGAGGCGCGGGCAUCAUGGGAAGAGAUAGCUACCCGGGGACCUAUACCCUUCGAAGCACGUUCCCAUCGCUCACGAGUCUGAGCGAAAUGUCACGGAUUUCGCCAUAUACGACUACACCAAGGGCUCUCGAUGGGACGGUGGACCGUCCGCAGAGUCUGCUCUUGGGGCAACAUCCGAAUAUGAUGUAUGAUUCGGUCCAGCGUCUGUCGCAUCCGACAGAUGCUCCUCCCUUUCACGACACUGCCGUCCUUCAAUCCAUCGUUUCGGGCAACCAGACCAUCAAACCGGAAAUCCAGGCGAAAAUCCACAAAGGAUUCUUCCAGGUCGACGACAAAUGGACCUGCUAUCGACGCAACUACUUUUCGGUGUCCUGCUCCUUCUCCCUACUUCCUUUUACGCACGCUCCGCUUUUUCUCAAAUUCACGGAUCAUUCGACGGAGCGUAUUCUUUCAUUUGCCAUGUCAAUAUCAGCGAUUGUGAAUGCGCAGUUGGGCGAGCCCCGGGAACUGGUCCAGCAUACCCCCAAGCGGGAUAAGCAGUCCGAGAAAAAACCAGACAGGGUUGUUUUGCAACCUAGUCACCCGCCGCCUUUGGUUUUGAGCCACGGUUCCACAGGUGGUGGCAGCCAGCAUGGGUUCUCGUUGACGACUUCUCCCCCCAGUGGAAUGUCGGUGGACUACGCCGCACCCUACAGCAGCCCUCCGCAGCCCUCGCAGCCCCCCACCCAGCAUACGUUUGAGCGGAUCCAGUUUCAAAAAGCCACGGCCAACAAUGGCAAGCGGCGGGCCCAGCAGCAGUAUUACAACCUGGUGGUCGAGCUCUACGCGGAAAUCUCGAAUCCGGUCGGCGGCGAGGAGACCCAAUGGGUGAAGAUUGCCCGAAGGCUAUCGCAUCCAAUGGUGGUCCGCGGCCGCUCUCCGGGCCAUUACAAAGACGGCCGUCGAGACAGCUCGACCAGCAUGGACCCUAGCGGAGGACGCGGUGGCUCAGGCGACGGCACCGGAGGGGCUGUCCUACCUCCGGGCAUUGGACACUCACGGUCUCACUUGACCCUGAUGUCGUACGACCCAUCUCAGCGCGGUGGUCCACACUACGGUCGGCCUGAUUACCAUCAAAUGACAGCACCCGACCGAUCGUCACUAAGCGAAAGCCCGCAUAUAUCGUCGUCUUCGUCAUCUGCCUUCGACAUUGGGGUCUUGAAUGACUCCAUGGACCCGAUGGAUUCCAUCAAAAGCACCUCCAGCAUGGAUUCCUACCAGGACCCGGGAUUUGGGGUCAUGGACCGCAAGCCAGAAAGUCAGUAUCAUUUCAAUUUGCCCCCUUUCGGGUACGACUCUAUAUCUAAGAAUAGCGAGGAGCCCGGCACCAGCUACCCCGAGGCCUUUAAUUCGAUGGUUUCAAUGAUGCCCCACGAGCACCAGCAUGAGUCUCCCCAUUACCUGAAACCUCCGAUGAAAAUUACGCCUCCGGGGUAUCAUCAUACCUCUGGGGGCUAUGACCCAGCCUGCCCUGCUCGGACCAGUGAAGGAGGUGGCCCGUAUGGUCGAUAUCCAACUUCCCACAGUCUGUGCGCAUAG